AUGUCUCUUGCUGUGAUACUGUGCACCGUCCUGGCUGCAUUUGUGGUACGGAGAUGGGUUGUGAGUCGCUCGACUACCCGAUCUGCUCCCCUAGCCACAGUGGCAGGCCCUCAGAAGGAACACUGGCUCACAGGUAUGGAUCGGUUACUUACAUUCACCUCAGGGAAUCUCCAUCGAUUGUUCAAAGAUGGACUAGAUUACAACCUCGAGCUUUUCAAGCGUUACGGCGGUGUCAUCAAAGUGUAUGGUAUGCUAGGAGUAGGUCUUUCCAACUGCAUUCCUGAAAAAUUUAACGCAGAACAAUUGCUGGUAUAUGAUCCACUGGCGUUACAGCACAUGCUCGUGAACGGCCAAGAUGCGUUUGAAGAAACUGAGAUGUUCAUACAGACAAACAAACUCCUUUUUGGCGAAGGCCUCAUAUCGACACUGGGCGAGCAGCAUAAGAAACAGCGCAAAUUGCUCAAUCCCGUGUUCUCUCUUGCCAACCUGCGCUCCAUCCUUCCCCAGAUACAGGUGAUAGCGGACGAGUUGGUCAAGCGCCUCCAGGACGGUCUCCCAACCAACGGCGACACCCGGGAAAUCAACGUUCUUCCAUGGUUGGGGAAAGGCACCAUCGAAUACGUUGGACGGGGGAUUCUGGGAGUCAGCUUUGAUUCCCUGGAGCCGGCGAAGACCAAUAAAUAUACCGAUACGAUCCGGAAUGUCCAACACACCGCGAUUAAAGUGCUCUUACUACGCCCCUUUGUCCCUUGUGCAGUGCGCAAUCUGUCCUUAUACUGGCGGAAUAAGCUGCUGGAUUGGCUCCCUUUCCCCGCGCUACGGGAGCUGCGUGAGAUGGCCCACACCAUGCACCGUUCUGCUAGUGAGAUCUACCUAAAGAAGAAGGCCGAGGUAGAGUUCAGCGGCGUCGACGAUGGCCCUGCGAGGGACCUCAUGAGCAUCAUGAUUAAGGCCAAUUUGUCCUCUCAGGAGACGGCACGGCUCACGGCGGAGGAGCUAAUCGGGGAUAUAAACACUUUCUUACUUGGCGGGCAAGAGACGACGACGUCAGCUUUGGCGAGGAUGCUCCACAUUCUUGCGCGCGAGCCUCAUGUGCAAGCGCGGCUUCGCACCGAGGUGCACCAGGCGAGAUCCGCGCUGACAGCCAACGGGGCGGACCGGCACCAGACGUGCCUGCCAUAUGACACCCUCAUCGGCUUGCCGUUCCUCGAUGCGGUCGUGCGCGAGACGCUGCGUCUGCACCCACCCACGAACAUGAUGAAUCGCGUCACGACUAAGGACACUGUCCUCCCCCUCCGGUUCCCCGUGCGCACCGUCUCGGGGGAAGAAACAACGUCCGUGCCGGUGCCCGCGGGUACGAAUGUGCUCAUCUCCAUCCUUGGGGCGAACCGAAACAAGGAUGUGUGGGGCGCGGACGCGGACGAGUGGCGCCCCGAGCGGUGGCUUACCGCGUCGGGCGCGCGAAUCGGCGCGGGUAGAAAUGUGGACGCGGAGUUCGGCGACGAGUCACACGAAGGGGCGGAGGCGGCGCCGGGGAGCGUGGAGGGCGCGAAGUACCCUGGGGUGUAUGGCGGCAUGAUGACGUUCCUGGGCGGGAGCCGCGCGUGCAUCGGGUUCAAGUUUGCCGAGAUGGAGAUCAAGCAAAUACUGUCCACGCUCGUAUCGAACAUGCACUUCGCGCUUCCAUCGGCCGUGGACGAAAGCGGUGCGAAGAAAGAGAUAUACUGGCGGAUCGAUGGUCUGCAGGUUCCCGUAGUGCUCGCGCCGCACGGAGACGGAAAGACUACGCAAGUUCCUCUCGAUAUUCGGCCCGUGAGGGACGAAAAUUUCUUGUAG